CACGCCAUAAUUCCCACUCAGCUGUUACUGUAACACGCUUUUGGUUUCCACGUUCACACAUCGGAGGCGUCGGACAGUAGGAAAGUCGGACUGGGAGAGUCACCACGCGUCGCAGGGUUCGAUCGCCUCGUCCGCCAGUUUUUGAACAACCUGUUGCGCAGCUGCUAUUUCUAAGCUUCUCUCGCGGUGUGCAGAGGGAGACAUGCUCUUCGUUUUGGAUGAUGAAGUGAUGAAGCUUGAUAUCGCGGAUCUGUAGAAUCAUUUUUUUUUAUUUUUAUGAAGUCUUGCAGCCGACAGUGAAUUUGCGAGUCUCUCUAAUAUGAUCUCAGAGACGGGGGAUGCGGGUCAUGAGCUGGACGCGUCUAGACUGGAGCCACAGCCUUUUCUACCUGACUUUAAUCCUGUGGACCAGACGCAUGAAUGGACUGGCUGACUUUUCAAACUACCUGUCCAGAAUCAUCACGAGUCACUCUGCUCACGCCUGUGACGGACAGCCUCUGCGACUCCACUGUCCACGUCACUCCACCAUCUCCAUCCAGUCCGCCUUCUACGGGAGCAGCGAGGCGAGGCUGUGCGGAGCAGACCCUGCGCUCAGAGUGCACAACCACAGCUGCUCAGCUUUUACUGCUCUGCAGAAGCUGCUGUCAGAGUGUCAGAGCCACAGAGAUUGCCAGCUGCCUGUCAACCACCUGCUAUUUGGGAAGGACCCCUGCCCUGGCACUACCAAAUACCUCCAUGUCCACUACAAGUGUAAACCAACUGAACACAAAAAGCAUGUGGUGUGUGAGGGGGGGACAAUGAUCUUGCAUUGUAAGCCCCCCAGGGUUCUGAACAUCUAUGCAGCUGUCUAUGGGAGAAGUCUUGGUCAGACUGACACCUGCCCCUCGCACCUGACAAAACCACCCCCGUUUGAAUGUCUGAACCACGAGGCCGUACACUUGGUAUCCAAGUCCUGCUACAGCAAACAGAAGUGUGUUGUUGCUGUCAGCAACCAGACCUUUAGGGACCCCUGCUUUCCAGGAACCAGGAAGUACCUCAGUGUGGUCUAUUCUUGUGUACCACAGACUUUAUUAAGGGAAGCAGACCCAAACAUAUUUAGCUCCACCCUAUCUCCUGCUGUGGACACAGAAAAAGGUCCUCCUGCAGAUCUGGAGGAGCCUUCCUCCAAAGGGUCCAAAAGACCAGACAACUCAGGAGCUAUGAUGAGCAACUCCCUCCUGACCUACGCCUACAUCAAAGAGCAUCCAGAAAUGGCAGCGCUGCUCUUCACCUCCAGCGUGUGCAUUGGUCUUCUGCUCACACUUCUGGCCGUGUCAGUGCGAGUGACCUGCAGAGGAGGACAGUUCAGGGAUCACAGGGUCACACCCAAGUCUCGUAGCCAGACUGCUAACAGCCAGGAAGAUGAGGAUGAUGAGGACGAAGAAGAAGAUGAUGAUGAUGAUGAUGAUGAUGAAACAGAAAGCUCUUUAAUCUCAGCCGCAGAAAGGAAGGCGAUACACAGCUGGGAGGAAGUGACUUACGUGAGCGAGGCCGCCGAGCGGGCCGAGAGGAUUGAGCGCAGGGAGAUGAUCAUACAGGAGAUCUGGAUGAACGCUUAUCUGAACGGCAGCUCAUGUUGACUAAACUGUGACUGGUGGAUGCCAGCACCUUUUCCAGGAUUCUCUGCAGCAGCUCUCAAACUUUGAUUCUUAACAAAGAAACUUGUUUUUUUUUAAAAAUAUAUUUUAAAGCUGUCUUUGUGCAUUUUUGGAGGAAUGCUCAGUUUGUAAUGUUUGGGUGAAACUGCAGUAUUAGCCAUCUUUUUAAAGGUUCAACAGGGUUUAAGCUGUAAAAUGUGUGGUCAUAUAACUCCUGUCAUUGUUUAAAUGUUGUAUUUUAUUCACAUUCACCACCAAAUGAAGCUAGGAUUUCAGGUUGAAAUGCUGCUUACUGCUAUAAAAAUAAGAAAUAUC